AGUAACAAAAUUGUAUAAAUAAAUAAUAAAUAAAAAUUAAAUUAAAAUAAGUAAAUGAUCAUUUAAAUAAAGUUUCUUAAAAUUUUUUAUUAAUUAGGUAUGUUUCAUAAAAAAAAUCUGUAUUGAAAUGAUUAUUCUAUAGUAUUAUUUUCACAUCGAAGUAUACAAUGUGAUUAAAACAUGCCUAAAAUUAUUGAGUUGACGGUCGAAAUAGAUAUACAAAGAGUGUCAUGUCCAGGAGUAUGGUUGUGCCAGGAUGGCCGUGUGUCACUUACAGUGUUUGCACUCGGCACCAGUUACCAGACUUGUAUGUUGCCACCCACAUUUCCAUUAACAUUCAAAGAUGUAUUUUACUUUCGCAAGACAUUCCAGGAGACCUGUGCCUUAAAUAAUAUCUGCUGUUUGCUCAAGGAUGAAACAAUAUAUUGUGAACUUGUCCAAUGGAGUGAAAAUUGCCAAUCCGGUGAAUGUAUAAUCUUGGCUCAGUACCUAGGUGCUGUCAAUGAUGUACUCUUCCCACCAAACAUGUGUUCCAGUGAUGGAGUAGACCUAUUAAUGAGGAGAUCGAAAGAUUUCCCUGGUAUACUAUCUCCGAAAAUUGAAAUAGCAACUAAAGUGCGCAUUGAUGAAGUUUGGAAUCAACCAUGCCAUAUGAAAUCCUUAAAAUUAAGUACUUGCCACUGUCGACCAAGUGAUGUUGAUGGAUCUAGGCAAAAGCAAGUAUGCCAUAGUGCCCAAUAUCAUAGGAAUAAGUGCAACUCUUCUAAAAAAGUUCCAUCUCUCACAAGGUCAAGGUCCAGAUCACGUUCUGGUGGAUCGAGGUCAUGUUGCAGUUUAAUACCAGAACCAGAAAUGAAUGUCACAUGUGGUUGUCCAAAUCCCACCCCCAAAUGUUCCUCUCCCCGCACUGCCCGCCCCGCGUCCCGUCCUCGCGGACGUAACCCCCGUCGCUACUGUCCACAAUACAACGUGUACAGCGUGCGUACUGCCGCGGACUGUGAUUGGAUUAAUGCUACCACCAGUACUGAGAACAGCGAAUGUGAUGACUAUAUGAAAAGAUCGGGCGCCGACGCAGUCAUCAAACCAGCAUUAACAGAAGAAGAGUAUCUGCAGAAGACGACUGUGGAAAGUAGAUACAUAGACCCGGAUAGGCGUAAAGAUAAUAAACUGAAAGAGAGGUGGAAGAAACAUGUACCGUCUAAAAUUACGCCGUGCGUCUGUGAUAUUUGCAAAAGGUAUCAUGAACUGUUUCAUACCCAGUAUUCAAGUAGAUGAUUCAGAUUGAUUGUAUAUCGACACAAUAGUUGAGUUGGGUGCACCUUAGUGAAUUACAACAGUCUAAAUUUAAAUAAAUCCCUCAACAGCCAGAAUCUCUAUAUAAAAAUUACAACUGGAAAUAAAUUUUAUGUAGCCAACGCUAAAUGACGACAAUAUAUUUGACUGUAUGGAUCGUGUUUAGCUUGUUUCCUAUUUUUGAUUAAUUCUCACAUUUCUUUUCUAUGUACAAUUCCCCAAAAAACUUUUACUUCAAAUUAUAUCUUAGUAUGGAAUUUCUACAACAAGAAAUUGUCUGUAACAAAUAGUGAUCUUCUUCUAUUUACUGCUAUUACAAAUGGUCAUUCUUUUUACGAUCAUUUAAAUAGACAAAUAAGCUGAUUUAAUAAAUUUGAGUAAAUAUAUCCAUACAAUUAAUUGUCGAUCUAUGAUAACCACAUAUAGAGUUACUUAGUUACUAGCUCUUUGAUGGAUUCAAACUCUAACUUGAUAGUUUAUUGUCCAAGGACAUUAGAUUAAGUUACACAAAAUUUGUUAGCCCCGUACCCUUUACGAGCAAAAUCAGUGAUUCAUCACAUUAAUGAUAUUAUCACCUUAUGCCUAUAUAUUUAUUGAAACAAAAAAAAAACUAAUAUUUUUAACAUCUUAAUUUUUUUUAUGUUUUUACAUCUUCAGUAAUAAGAUAGCGGUGAAGGUGUAUGAAAUAAGACUAAUAUAUUUCCUUUAUUUAUAAACGCUUUGUGUACAGCGUUUUUUUAUCUAUCAUGGAAUAGAAAAUCAGUCAUUUACAAUAUAGCACAAUUUGUAUAAAUAAUUCAAUUUGUAUAAAAUGUUUAUAUAUACAAAAAAAUAUUUUAAUGGCAAGAUUAUGUACUUAAUUUAUUUGUUGG